GAGGAGGAGGGGCGGCGGCGGCGGCGACCGGCGGCCGGAAUCGUUUCCUGGGUAAGCGCAGCGGGCUGGGAAGCGUUUCCGGAAGGUUGGCCGCAUCCCGCAGCGGGCUACGGGCGCCUCCGGGGCGGGCGGCGCAGCGCAGAGCGGAGCAGCGGGCAGGGAUCUCUGUGGCCAGUGAGGAGGGGAAAGCCCACCAGCUUGUUUGCAACGUGAGAGCCUGCACUGUGCUGAAGAAAGAAUCCCUUGGUGCUGAGUAGGGGCUUUUGAAGUUGCAAUGAGGAGACUUUCUUGAAAAUCUUGCCUGAUUUCUGCAGCAGCCUGAGGGGGUGCUGGUGACCAAGACUCCAGGACUUCGUGCUCUGGUACUGACUUUCCACCAACGAGCUGGGGAGGUUAAGUGUUUGGGUCUGCACUGUGCAAGCAGGUGGCAGCGUGCGGGGAUGUGCUGACCGGCACUAUGGGCAGGCGGUACCCGGGGGCUCACUAUCGGCCAAGCAGCUCAUAUUUCAAAUUGUAAUCUAUUUCCUGAUGCAUUGCUGACGCCCCGUGAGCCAUGUCAGAAGUACUUCAAGUCGAUUCCGGUGUGGACGCGCUGGCGUUUAUGGCAAGCAGCAGCACGACGGAUGUUGUGAACCGCAACAGCCCCGCCACCCCCCCCAACACCCUCAACCUCCGCUCCUCACACAAUGAACUCCUGAAUGCAGAAAUCAGGCACACGGAGACCAAGAACAGCACUCCCCCAAAGUGCAGGAAAAAAUACGCCCUGACUAACAUUCAGACAGCCAUGGGUCUCUCUGACCCAGCAGCCCAACCCCUUCUGGGGAAUACUUCUGCCAAUAUAAAGCUGGUGAAGAACGGAGAAAACCAGCUCAGGAAAGCCGCCGAGCAGGGACAGCAGGAUCCCAACAAAAACCUCAGUACCACUGCAGGCAUAAACGUAACUUCUGAGAAGUUUGAAGGCAAAGAGCCGAUCCCACAGGAUUCCUCUGGCUGUGAAAUAUUACCCUCGCAGCCAAGGAGGACCAAGAGCUUCCUGAAUUACUAUACUGAUCUAGAGACCUCUGCUAGAGAGCUAGAGCAGAAUUUUGUUGCGAUGGAAGAUAACUCCGCACAAAGCAACAGCCAGGCUUCUACUGUUAUUGUCAAUGGGGAAGUCCUACCCCGGAAACAAAACAAGAUGUCAAGCCCAGAGGAUGGCCAAGUUGCCACAGUGUCAUCAAGCCCUGAGACUAAGAAAGACCACCCAAAAACUGGGGCCAAAACAGAUUGCGCGCUCCAUAGGAUUCAAAACCUGGCCCCAAGUGAUGAGGACUCCAGCUGGACUACACUGUCCCAGGACAGCGCCUCGCCGAGCUCGCCUGAUGAAACAGAUAUAUGGAGUGAUCAUUCAUUCCAGACAGACCCAGACUUACCACCUGGCUGGAAAAAAAUCAAUGACAUUGCUGGGAUCUACUACUGGCACAUACCAACAGGAACAACUCAGUGGCAGCGUCCUGUGUCCAUCCCAACAGAUCUCCAGGGCUCACGAAAAGGGUCACUUGGUUCUAUUACUCCUUCUCCUACUCCAGAGACUGAGGAUCUGCAUGCAGCCACUGUGAACCCAGACCCAAGUCUGAAAGAGUUUGAAGGAGCGACGUUGCGCUAUGCCUCUUUGAAGCUCAGAAAUGGUCCACAAUCCGAUGAUGAUGAUUCUUGUAGCAUCAACAGUGAUCCAGAAGCCAAGUGCUUUGCAGUGCGGUCUCUGGGCUGGGUAGAAAUGGCAGAAGAAGAUCUGGCUCCUGGAAAAAGCAGCGUUGCUGUGAACAAUUGCAUCAGACAGCUCUCUUACUGUAAAAACGACAUCAGAGACACUGUUGGCAUUUGGGGAGAGGGCAAAGACAUGUACCUUAUACUGGAGAAUGACAUGCUGAACCUGAUUGACCCAAUGGACCGCACAGUUCUCCAUUCACAGCCCAUCGUCAGCAUCAGAGUCUGGGGAGUGGGUCGUGACAAUGGCCGAGAGAGAGACUUCGCUUAUGUGGCAAGAGACAAAGACACAAGAAUUCUGAAAUGUCAUGUGUUCCGAUGUGACACACCUGCUAAAGCCAUUGCCACCAGCUUACACGAAAUCUGCUCAAAGAUUAUGGCCGAACGGAAGAAUGCUAAAGCUAUGGCUUGCAGCUCAUUUCCAGAGAGGACUGGUGUAACCCUUGAUGUUCCUCUGCAAGUAGAUUUCCCAACACCAAAGACAGAACUGGUACAGAAGUUCCACGUCCAGUACCUGGGCAUGCUCCCUGUAGCUAAACCUGUCGGAAUGGAUACUCUGAACAAUGCCAUUGAGAGCCUAAUGGCUUCCUCUAGCAAAGAAGACUGGAUGCCAGUUACCAUGAAUGUUGCUGAUGCUACUGUCACAGUCAUCAAUGAAGCAAAUGAAGAGGAAAUCCUGGUGGAGUGUCGUGUGCGGUUCCUGUCCUUUAUGGGAGUAGGGAAGGACAUUCACACAUUCGCCUUCAUUAUGGAUGCAGGAAACCAGCAUUUUGAGUGCCAUGUUUUUUGGUGUGAACCAAAUGCAGGCAAUGUAUCAGAAGCUGUUCAGGCUGCUUGUAUGUUACGGUAUCAGAAGUGCUUAGUAGCCAGACCCCCUUCACAGAAAGUGCGACCACCCCCACCUCCUGCAGACUCGGUGACUCGAAGAGUUACAACUAAUGUAAAAAGAGGAGUGUUGUCCCUCAUUGACACUUUGAAACAGAAACGCCCGGUCACUGAGAUGCCAUAGCUGCAUCAGAGAGAAGAUUCUCCUAACAUUUAACUGAAGACAACAGUAGCUACACUAAGGAAAAUGAACUGACUGAUGUCUGGCCUUCCAUUUUAAAUUGUUGAUGCUUUGUCUUCAGAGAAUUUAUCCUUAUUGAAACAAUGUUAGACAAGCAUGUUCUCAUGUUUUUGCCACCAUCUUGUGAUAUGAAAAGAAGCAUGAAUAAUUUUUUUGCUGUCAGUGAGUUACAUCAUGAGCAAUGGAAGGUCUGUUUUGAUUGUAAAUACAUGAACAUUACCUGAACUCACACACACACACACAAAAAAAAAAAAAAAAAAAGAAUAUGGCCACAUCCCUCCCAGUGAACUCAUGCUAAAGUCCUUGGAGUGAAUGAUGCCCGAGUUGAUAGUUUCACCGUCUUGAGCUGGAUUUGUCACAAACCAAUCUUAAAUCCUACAGCACUUUGCUCUGUUUUCAACACUGGAGUAGGUACCAAGUAUUAGCUACCAUUGAGUUAUGGUAGAUUAAAUACCAAGUUUGGGUUUCUACAGAACUACACCUGUUAGUUUUAAAUUAGUUGUCAGCAUUGGUCUAGCAACCACUUUUAAUAUCCCCUGACAUGCUUUUGAAUCAUGGUGUCAUAAUUUCAUUUCCUGGUUAUACAUUAUGGUCUUAAGGAAUCAUGCUUAUUAAUACCAAACCAGUGCUGAAAAAUCCAGUACUGUUUUCAGUAACUGAGUUUGCAGGAUGAUCCACUGAAGCUUUUCAGCUUUAAAUAUGCAAAUGCACCCAUUGGCUGUUAAAUUUAUUCUCCUAAAUCUGGCAUUUAUUCAUCAAAGACACCAUGUCUUUCGUGCAGGGCUCAUACCAAUCAGAAGAAAGAAGCAGUCAGUAAUUUUUCUGUCUUAAGAGUCUCAUAGAGACUAAAAUGUUCCAUACCUGAAACUUACAAGUGUUUGAUGAAAUGUUCCCUUCAGCAUCUGGUUGCACAAUUCCCCUUUCCCCGCACAGUUUGUUGCUGAAUACUUAACGUGCCACAAGAAUAACAAUCAUGUUUCCCAUUAUUUAUAAAAUUCUGUGAAAUUCCCUUUAAUGUUCUUGUGACAAAACAGGAAGAGUAGUUUUCUAAAAGGAUAGUGCUUCAGGUCAUACAAUUUGAUUUCAAUGCUUCUGCUCCAAAGGCUUCAUCUAAUUGCUUUGAUCUACACACUACUGCAGACCCUGAAAAAAUCAGCCCAGUACUGCCCCUUAAAACUGUACCUCAAGGCUGAUUUUCAAAUGCAGUUAUGCAUCUUGAGUCUCUCUCCUUUGCCAUCUUCACUCUAGACCUGCAGAUUGGUACAAAUUUUGGAAAUGGAACAUUAAAAAUCUUUUUUAACUAGUGUUCAAAACGUUUUGCCUCCAUUUAUAGAUAUGUUCCAAACUGUAACUGUCUCCCAAGUCUGCAAAUUGGGUCAUACUGUUAUUUUAGAAGAACAUUGUCAAGUUGUUAUUACAACAACCUUUUUUUUUUUUUUUUACUAUGCAAGAGACUGUUAUCAACAAACUGAUUUAUUUUUAUUUCCCUUUUCAAAGAAAUUACCAGCAACACCUGAGCAGAACAACUCAGGAAUGCACAGGGAACAAAUUAUAUGAUUCAAGAAAUUUCUGCAUUGAAAAAUGCAGAAAAAUCAUUAAACUAAACUCAGCCUGAUGUAUAACAAGUGUCAGGUGAAAGCUAGCUGUGCAACUAUUGUAAUUAAGUUUAGCUCUCUGGAAUACCUGCUGAAGAGCUGAUCCUCUGCCAUUCUCAAGUCUACGACCAUGAUUCUGCACCCCAGGCACUGAAGCAAUCGCUUCCCCUCCCAAGCCUCGCAGCCCUGCCAAUUUUAAUUAAUAUAAUUAAAUUUUGUAGCUGCAUCUGCACAGUGUUUAUUCUUCCCAAGAGAGAUCCAAACUCUCUAAACUAAACCAACACUUGGCAAACAGCAGUGUGUAAAGGUUCUUCUCCAUACGUGUUGUCAAGGCUGUGAACAUCUAGUUAGCUUUCACUAGCAAAGUGAGCGAUUGCAGGGAGUGCUGAGAAGACAGAAAGGUAUCUGAAAAGCCCUAGGUCACUUGGCAAUAUAUGUUUUAAGAGUUUUGUGUCUGUUAACAAAAUGUUGAUUUUGCAAAUAUUUAAGUAGUGUGCUUAAUGGUCUGACUAUAUGUGGCCUUUUUGCUUCAGUAGAGCUCUUUAUUCUCCGAAGGAUUAAAUAUACACCCGGGUGUUUGCAGAAUCAGAGCCUAAUAUUGCAAAGACAGUUAUCUUCUGUUAAACAAUAUUUAAGACACUUUUUACCAUGGCCAAAAACGUGUGUAUGGGGUAUGUAUGUUUGAGCUGUUUUAGUUGAUGUUAUAGCAACCCUUCAGUUACCUAUGCAUUUUUUUAUAAUACCUAGUGAUUCUGUAGGCAGGCCACUGUGUUCACUAUACCCUGUAUGUCUGUUGCCAUAUUUUAAAUUAACCUGUUAAAUACAGCUUAAAAUAUUUUUAUUUUAUUUAUUCUAUUUUUACUGAAAUAUCCUGCAUUAUUAUGUUGAUGUAUUGUCUUUACUGGACAUGCUCUUGUAACAUUCUCCAUUCUGUAUACUGUAGGUUGCCUAAGAAGAGGCAGGCUUUGUAAUUAUUUGUAGUCACUUUUUUUUUUUAAGUCUGUAGAAAAACCAUGAAAAGCAAAGCUAAUUUCUUAAUUUUUUCAAUGCAAGUAGUAAGUUAGAGGUAAGUAUCACGCCAGUCAUGUCAUUAAUAUGCUCCCUUGCAGAAGCAAGGAGAUGUAUAUUUACAGUCAGUGACAAAGAGAUAAAAGAAUUUCUUUAGAAAUCUGCAGUUGCUGACUGUAGGUUUUAUUUAAGCCACUUACUAUUUAACUUGAAGGGGAGCAAGGGGUUGUGGGAGGUAUCAGGCAACAGAGGCCACCUACAGGGCUGUUAAACAGGAAUAAGGAAAAUUGCACAGAAGGGCAUGGAAUCAAUUCACAGUAAAAUGAUGUGAGGGGUGUUCUUCCUGUGCCUGUUGCCUGUACCUACUGACACAACACACCCGUCUGUGACAGAGGAAGAAAAGCUGAGGAGUAUCUAGUAGCUUACACCUGUUCUGUGUCACUAAGUUCUACAUCCCUUUUCUUCUAAUUUGAUCAAGUAUAUAGAUCAUUUAACUGGGGAUCUAAAACUGUUAGUCACCCAUGGAAAAAUGAACUUCCUUAUUCCAGCAGCUAAUAUGGGCUCUGCCUUUGAGCAUUACCAUUAACCCCAUGACUCCUUUCUUGGGCAGGUUAAUUAAUACAUUGCUAAAACUAGUGCUAGUGCUGUACAGUCAGCAAAAGCAGGAUUGACUCUUUUUUUAACAGCAAUAAGAGAGAAGGAAAUAUACCCACUGUUUAUUAGCAGAGCUCAGUCUUACAUAAAGCACCUGAUUGACAUUGAAAAGAGCAAUUUUCCCUGCUGUUGACCACCUCCCCACAUUUAAAUGUAAUCUGUUCUGAGAAUAAAUUUAGCUGCAUAAAAUGACUGUCUCAACUGUUACUGAUCCAUCAAACUGGGAAAUUAUUUCUUUUGUACCACAUAGUGGUUGAGGGGAGGGAAAACAUUCUGGUUGUUUAGAAACAAUAGCAGUACAGUGGACAGUUUUAUAUCUAGAAGGCUGAAUCAACAGUUUUUAGUUGAAAAAAACACAAAUAUGUAACCAGAGGCAAAGAAAUUAAUUCCCUGAGAUGUGGUUGUACUGGAAAAAGUCAUCCAGGUGUUUCACUGAGCUUGCAGGCUUCCACCUGUGAGCCAGCUGAACUCCCAGAUGUGGCCACCAUGUGAUGUUUGGUGCAUAGAAAAUAAGCUGCAGACCUGCAGAACCACCAUCUUCACUGUCAGCUCUUUGAUAUUCUUGGUAGGACAUCAAGAGUCCAACUGGCUCAGCCUCCACAACAUUUCAAAGACACAAGAAAAAGCAAGAUGGGGCCAACUGUACCCCAGACAAACAUGUUCUUUCACAAGUAGUUUUAAUUACAUUUAAUAAAUGAAUGAUAGAUUUUUAUUUUAAAAAACAGAAUUCAGGUCUCUAGCUGCACAAUCUGAACUUCUUUUAAGCAUUUAACAAGCAUUUAAAAAAAACAAACAAACUUGAGAUCUCCUAACAUUCCAUUCAUUUUCCUAACAUGUAGGAUCUCUCAUUCUCCAAGAUGUUUUUGAAAUAAAAUAGGGAAUGAUUUUUUUCCAGUUCUGUGUAUUGCAGGCAAACAGGUCUAGUUGUAUCCUUACUGUUUGUUCAGAAACAAGAACAUGGAGUUCAUCCUUUUACUGGAACAGGUAAGGAGCACGGGUUACUCGCAGGGAUUUACAGCAGGUGAGCGAUCCCUUUGAUUAGGACAGCUGGCUCAGAUUAAAAUGCUAAAAGAAAUUUUCACUGAUUUUAAACAAUGAUACUGAUCUGAUGAACACAGCCAGCUGCCCACACUGCUGGUGUAUUACCACUCACAUUCUUUCUUCUAAAGGUAGUGCUGCUCUGGCUAUGUUGGCUGGCAGCGAGGAAAAAUAGAUAUUAAAAUGUUUUCUCUGGGCAGGUCUAAAUCCAAACUUGUUUGUCAAAUAGGUCAAGAUUCCAUACAAUAUUGUCUACACUACUGGCAACAAAUAUCUUAAAUGAUUGUGUAGAGGAAAAUUUCUCUUCUGGGCCACAGCUACCUUUGCUUUUCUAUAUUGCUAUGCUUUGUUUCAUUUCUACAACAGUAUAACCUAAAUAAAUGCAAUGCCUGAGGUUC